AGAUCUGGUUGCUUCCUCAACAGAGACACAUUAACCUUCGCCGCCAUGCUUGCUUCCGAACGCUCCCGCCCUGCCUGGUUUGUUGAUCUCACGGGCAACACCGAGGCCAAGAGCAACCGCCCUCCGGUGCCUUUUGUCAUGACCAAGCUCACCCACGCCAUCGAUGUCUCGGGCUCGACUUCUGGAAAGAUCCUCGAGAUCGAAAAGAAAAUCUCCUUGGCCUUGUCGACCAAGGAGCGGCGGCUGAGCGUGGUGCCGUGGUCCCAUAGCGCCGGAACCGUGGUCGACACUGCAACUUUCCUAUCGGCCUCGGGAGGCACCGAGCCCGCUACACUCCUGCAGAACGAGCGGGUCCGCAAGGUCAUCCAGGACUCUGGCGCCUGGGUCCUGAUCACCGACGGCGAGAUUUCCAGCUCCAGCGUGCAGCUGUUUGCCCAGCUCAUCGAAUCCGAGUCGAUCACACACAUCCCUAUCGUCAUCAUCAUGGUCGGCGGGAGCCCCAGCUACAACAACAGUCGCCCCGCCAACGCCAACGUCAGUGUCGGCCUGCCCCUCUUUGCCGUUUGCGACCACAGCCUCUUCUUGUACGUCGACUACACCAAUUUCCAGGCGGACCAAUCGGCCUAUCUUUUCCAGUCCAAGGGAUGCUUUUCGACCUUAAAGGAGUCGAUCGCAAUCACCCCAACCACCACAUGGUCCGAGCUCCCUGUCAUCGCCAUGGAAACCCUCAAGAACCAUCUCAUCCCCGUCACGGCCAAGAAGCCCCAAGGAGUGAUCACCCUGACUCCCGGCCUGAGCAUCAAUCUCGAGGCUCUGCUCGCGCAGAAAACCCUGGAUUCGGCCGACUGGAGCAUGAUCUUUGACAACGAUGAGGCGCGCAAGAGUCUUCUUCUCACCUGCAAGACCCGCGGAUGCAUCCCCAAGCUCCGCGACCUGAUCAACCGCAACCAAGUCACAGUGCCCGAUGUGAGACUGACCGACGAGGCUGGCGUCGGCAAGAUGGUCCAGGAGCUGCAAGAGUUGCUCGCAUCCGGCAGCUACGACCAGGAGUACGUCGUCGACCUGAAGAAGCGCAUCGCCCGCGGCAACCUCGAGAACGAGGCCACCUACCGAGAGAACGUCCGUCAGAGCCGCGCCGAGAAUGGACUUUUGCGCGAGAAGGUCCGGUCCGUCCAGAUCGUUCUCGGUGAGCUUGCCGAGAUCGAGCGCCUCGGCUUCUCAUCGCAGGUGCUUGGCCGACUCUCCAACCGCGCGAUGCGGGCCGAGAAGGUGUCAGAGUCUGCCCAGAGCAGUCUCCUGGAAAUCAGCGCAUCCCUCGACAAGGCCGACACCGAGGGAGCCUUCCGCGCCGAGUGCCCCAUCUGCUUCGACGAGGACGCCAUCAUGUCCAUUACGCUGACCCAGGUUGCCGCCGAGCACGUCGAGCUCAACACAAACGACUUUUGCCUCGACUUCCCGUUCGCGGUGGGCAAUCGUGAGCACAACGAUGUGCUGUCGAGCCAGAUGGCAUGCAUCCGCUGUGCCUCGUACUGCCUGCAAAGCCACGGAACCACAACUGUGCGUGAGAACGCCACGGUUAGCAUCCCCCUGAUCCGCAUGCACAAUAACAACACUGCCGUCAUCUGGAAGAACUGCCUGUCUGUCGGCCUCACCAACGGCCUCAAGGUCGGCACCGUCGUGCCCCUGUUCAUCUCGAUCCUGUACCAUGCCCUCGGCUCCAAGGGAUGGCUGCAAGCCGGCGCCGACGACCAGCAGUCUGACAACGCUGUCCGUCGCCGAAUGUUCGAGUGGGCCCUGAACAUGCUGGUGCACACCUACCACACAAAGCACAACUUUCAGGAGAGUGGCAAGUACGUCCCGUUCCCCGAGGCCAUCGAGUGGAUGUUUGACGACUGCGUCAAGACCGGCUACCAGGCGUUCGGCUACCGCUACCCGAUGAGCGGCUUUGUUGUACUCUUUGAUCUUGCCAAGAAGAUCCACUACCCCCAGGAAUGGGCCAACGGCAAGAUCAUUGCCCACCGCCGCAUCAUGCUGCUGCUGAUCGACAACUACAUGCGCUCGGUGCUGCGUUCCUCGUGGGAGACCACUGCAGAUCAGGUCAAGAGAAAGCUCUACCGCUACCGCUACUCGGCGCCGAUCGAGGGCACCGGCCGACUGCUCGUGAACCUGGCCGACUCGACACUUCCCAACUACGAGGUCGAGCAGAUCCGGACGAUGCUCCGGUGCAUUGGUCUUCCCGCGGACCAGCUCCCCUUCCCCGCGGCCACAACCGUUCUGCUCCGCCGCCUGAUCGAAAUCAAGGCACACAACUCGAUCACCGGCACUUUAACGGAUCUGCGAAGCAGAUACACCUCGAUUGUUCACGCUUUCGAGCGCCCCGAGAUCGUCACCGAGCGCGAUGCCCUCGAUACCCUGCACGAGAUGUUCGUUCCCGAGAAUGCGGUCGCCGACCAGGACCACUCCCACAUCCCCUUCGCCACUCCCUACGGCCCCUCAGUGAUCCGUUGCGCAUGUGGAUACCGGUUCCUGCCUGCAGGCUACCGGGGCUCGCUGGACAAGAUGUCGGCCCUGUUGCGCAAGAACCGCGCAGCACACUUCCGAGAGGUUUACCGAUGCCAGGACCCCGCCGGCCUGCCCCAACGGGUCAUCCAAGUGAACGGCCAGGACCAGGCCCCCAACAGCAUCUCCAACAACCUCAGCAAGACCAUUACUCGCUGUUUCCACGCCCUGUCCCAACCCGAGCGUGACGAACUGCUCUCUACUCCUGACAAGCAUCCAGAGUUCCACCAAGCCGUGCUCAAGCACCUCAGUCAGCAUGGACGGGGCAACAUUUACGACAAGGAGCUUGACCAAGACGUCGGUCCGGCGGUAUCCAGCUUCUUCGAAAGGGUCGCCGAGAUGGGAUACGUGAACGAGCUUGGCGGAAGCUGCUCGAUCAUUGACAAACUGAAGCUCGAGAUAGCUGCUGCUGGGGAUGAUGUCGAUGUCGUGGUGGUGUGAGUUUCGACUGGGCGCCGAAGAUAUGACAACACUGAAAAUCGCUGGACACUGCACCGAUGAAUGGAAGCGCAAUGCGAUGACCUCUAUAUAUUUCAGCAGAGCAGCCAGUGGCCCGGCGUGGACUGAGGGUAUGGCCAUUCAAUAUACACUUGCUUGUGACCCAA